UCACUGUCGAUGAAGAAAUAGAGAGUUUCCGAUCGCCGACGCAGCUACGACGGGGACGUUUGCGAGGCCUGGAAAUAGCGCGGUCAGAAAAAAUUGCCUACCCCCCGUGAUUACUUCUCGUCCGGCCUACGACGCAAAAUUCGAAAAUUUCCGUCGGAGGAAGAACGCAGAAUUUUUAAGCCUUAUCAAAUCGACCUAUUUCAGAGGGAAAAUGGCAACAGAACCACUAUCCAAAGAAAUGGAAAGCCGACCCGUGCACAAAAUGACAUGGACCAAGCAGCAUGAUGUGCUACUUUGUAGAGAAGUGCUGGUUGUCCAGCCAUUUCAAUUUAGGCAUGGCACCCAUGACCGAGGGCAAUGCUGGGAGCGAAUUGCCAAUAAUUUGAAUUUGGUGGAGCAUCCUCACUUCAUAGUUGACCAAAGGUCAGUGAGAGAUCGCUUCACCAAACUUGAAAAAGAUUUUAAAAGGAAAAAGGCCAGCGAGGAAAGAGCCAGUGGUAUCAGUCCAGAAGAGCCUGAUGAGCUGGAUCAGGCUCUUGAGGAUAUUACAGAGACUGCAAGGGAGCAGCAAGAACAGUUGUUGAGGGGAGAGGUAAAAAAGAAAAAUGACAUUGAGAAAGAAAAAGAAACAGCAGAGGCAGUGAGGAAGAGGGCAAUGGAGAGAAUGGGGGAGACAAGGGAGAGGGAGAAUGUAGAAAGAGAGAGGAAGAAGAAAAGGCAUGGGGGGGAUACAGUGGAGUAUUUAAAGGAAAAGAGAGCGCAGGAAGUCAAAAAGAGUGAGAAAGAAUUUGAGUUGAAGAAGCGAGAUCUGGAGUUAAAGGAAAAGAUGCAGGAAGAAGAGAUAAAGAUGAGAAGGAAAGAGCAAGAAAUAAAAGAGAGGGAACAACUUAUGAGGGAGAGGGAAUUGGAGGCAAGGCUCAAGAAAGAUGAUGAAGUUAUAAAUAUUUUAAGACAACAGCUGCAGCAGCAACAGGCUAUUUUGGAAGAGGUACAGCAGCAAAACAAAUUGCUACUGUCUCUUUACCAAAGUAGCCUGGAAAAGAAGGAAUGA